AUGUCCAAUGUGCAGUUCCCAUAUCCGCGCAAAUCCUCUCUUCCCGCCGAACCCAAGCCGACACGAUCCAUUCCCAGCCUGCGACCGCGCGAUAUUAAGCGCUAUGGAGCUUAUAUCGUCGGCGGCGGCACCCUCAUCUUCUUCCUCGUCUGGCUCUUCAGCAGGCCGGCGAGUACGGGGCAGCUCCCGCCCGGCACUCCUGGGGCGGUGAUUGUGACAACACUCGACCCCAGCACGAGCGCGAGCUUCCGAGAAAACAUUGUGGCAAACAGGAAGGACUACGCGGCAAGACAUGGCUAUGCGACCUUCUUCGCCAACACCACCGACUACAAUCUCAUGGCGGGGAUGCCGCAGAGCUGGAGUACGGUGCCAGCGCUCAGACAUGCCAUGACCACCUGGCCACAUGCGCCCUGGCUGUUCUACCUGGCCAGCUCGGCGUUGAUCAUGAGUCCCCACGAACCUUUGUCUUCAAAGCUGCUCGAGCCGCGCAAGCUGGAGUCGUUGAUGAUAGUCGACCGGCCCGUCGUUCCACCCGACAGCGUCAUCAGAACCAUGUCUCAUCUCCAGGGGGACCACAUUGACUUCAUCCUUACACAAGAUAAGGACGGGCUUGCCGGCGGAAGCUUCCUCCUCCGCACGGGGGAGUGGGCGAAGUUCUUCCUCGACGCGUGGUUCGAUCCACUCUACCGGAGCUACAACUUCCAAAAGGCCGAGAAUCACGCGUUGGAGCACAUUGUGCAGUGGCACGGAACCAUCUUGAACAAGUUGGCGUUGGUGCCGCAGAGGCUCAUGAAUAGCUACACGCGAGAUCCCGCCGCGAUUAAUGGAGACGAUGGCGUAUAUCAAGAGGGCGAUUUUGUCGUCAACUUUGCCAGCUGCGCCAAGGACGCCAAAAGGAAUUGCGAGGCUGAAAUGGAGCCCAUGAUGACUCGAUGGCGAGAAUUGAGGGAUCAGGAACGAAGGUGA